AUACGUCGACAGACCGCUGCUGUGUAUUAUUUCCUCCUCCGCCGACACAUACGACUCUCGCAGGGUAGGCGUUUUCUCGCCUGAAGUGAGUUGUUUUAUUUUGUUUCCCAGUGUAACCAGCACACUGCUCACACAGUAUGGCCUUUCGCUCGAGCUUAGAAGAAAUAUCAAACUCUUUAAUAAACGAGCGCGCGGACACUGCGGACAGCUGUGCUUCUUGCCCAACUACCGCUGAGCUAAGUAAGGCAGUAUCGGUGUCACUGGGUCUAGACUCAGUGUCCUCUCCGCUUAGCAACAUGAACCAGUGCUCCGGCAGCAGCAGCAGCAUAUUCGCAGACUUCCACCACACCAUGGAGAGUAGUUCCCGGGGAGUUCAGGAGUUACAAACGGCUCCUAAUGUCAACUCAGACAGUCUUCUAUUACGUGACACUGCCCUUAAAGACGACUUUGGAGAAGUGUGCCACGGCAUUCAGCAGGUGAGCUGCAUGGAUCUGCUCACAUCGGGGGACAUAGACAGCGCGCAGAACGGGGCGCGUGACCCUGUGUUAUCUAGGUAUGUCUGCAGGGAGUCUAACCUGUUCAUGAACCCGCAGGAAGAGCUGCCCGCGCCCUCUCAGGUGGAAGAGAUGUUGCCUUUGACUCCAUACUCUGCGUACUCCGCAAAUCCGAACCUAUACAGGGACACUCCGGGAGCGUGGUGCGCCCGAAGCAACCGAUUCGAGCCGGAGAGGGGCGGUUUAAGCGGACGUAAUUUGUUGUGCAAAUACUGUAACUGUGGGCCAGCAUCUCUCGGAUCCAUGCAGGAAUGCCACUGUCUCUGGUACAACAAGGAGGACAAAGGUGGCGUGCGAGCAGCGAUGGCACACGGCUAUGGCCAAAUGGAAAGUUACCAAAGUGCAAUUCCUCAAGGACGCGGCACUCUUUCCACUAUCAAGACUGAACCAUCUGUUUGGCUGGAUUGCUCUGAUCGCACUUUUAGGCAUGAGGAUUUGUUCCCAGGUGUGUAUCUGUCGGACAGGAGAGUGUGUCAGGUUUGCAGCGACGAUGCCUCAGGUUGUCACUACGGAGCCGUCACCUGCGGCAGCUGCAAAGUAUUCUUCAAGAGAGCCGCUGCAGGUAAGCAGAACCAUCUGUGUGCCAGCCGGAACGACUGCACCAUCGACAAGCUGCGGAGGAAAAACUGCGCCUCGUGCCGUUUAAAGAGGUGCUUCAUGUCAGGAAUGAGCCUCAAAGGUCGUAGGCUUAAGGGAGCCGGACAGCCGAGGAGCGGAGAGGAGGAGCUUCCUCCGGCUCCCUGGGGAAACAGAGAUGCCAUCUUGGAGCCUGGAAGUGCAGCUGUAGCGGCUCAAAUAGCUUGCCUGGCUUCAGGGAUUCCCCCAAGCGUCCGCUCCUGCCGCUCCCUGCUCAGCGUCUUGCAGGCCAUCGAGCCGGCUGUGGUCAAUGCCGGGCACGAUCACGCGCAGCCAGACAGCCCCGUGUCCUUGCUCACCAGCCUCAAUGAGCUGGGGGAGAGACAGCUAGUAACUGUGGUGCGCUGGGCCAAGGCAAUACCAGGUUUCCGUGACAUGCACGUGGAUGAUCAGAUGUCUGUGAUUCAGUUGUCAUGGAUGGGGGUGAUGGUGUUCGCGUUGGGAUGGAGGUCCUACACACUCACCAACAGCUCCCUGCUCUACUUUGCUCCAGACCUGGUGUUCAAUGACCAGCGGAUGCAAGUGUCCAGUAUGUAUGAACACUGUGUGAGGAUGAAGGUGCUCUCCCAAAGGUUCUGCAUGCUGAAGGUCACCCAGGAGGAGUUCCUCUGCAUGAAGGCCCUGGUCCUCUUCAGCAUCAUGCCAGUGGAGGGCCUGAAGAACCAGCGUUGUUUUGAUGAACUGCGGACCUCCUACAUAAAGGAGCUGGACCGCUUGGCGAGCCACCGCGGAGAGACCACCCGCACACAGAGGCUGUUCCAGCUCACUCAGCUGUUGGACUACCUCCAGUCGGUAAUACACACUAUUCUACACGUAUAUGACGAGGGAAAAGUCAACAGCCAUUGCGAAAUCGAACCAAAUUAAAAACAGUUCAAUCCCAGAAUAAGAGUCG